AUGAAAUUAACAUCACUGUACUCCAAUUCCAAUCAACAAUGGAUAUACGACGUGUUCAUCAAUUUUAGAGGUGAAGACACUCGCAAGAAUUUCGUUUCUCAUCUACACGCUGCACUCUCAAACUUGGGAGUCAACGCUUUUCUUGACAGUGACAACUUACUAAAGGAAAAAGAGCUAAGAGAAAAACUCCUAGGAGCAAUAGAAUCUUCUCAUAUAUCUAUUGUUGUUUUCUCUGAAAACUAUACUGAAUCUAGUUGGUGUCUUCAUGAGCUUGAAAAAAUCAUGGAAUGUCGCACUACUUAUGGUCAUGUUGUUUUCCCUGUAUUUUAUAACAUCGAUCCGUCGGUUGUGCGGCAUCAAACCGGUGAUUUUGGAAAAACGUUGGAAUUGCGGGCUCAGAAAACGUACCAUGGGAAUGGGGCUGUUGAUGCUUUGUCGAGUUGGAGGAGUUUGCUCAACCAAACUGCAAAUUUGUCUGGUUGGGAUGCCAAUAAUUUCAGGAAUGAAGCUGAACUAGUAAAGUCAAUUGUUAAGGAAGUUUUGACAAAACUAGACAACUCGCUCUUAUCUAUUACUGAAUAUCCAGUUGGUUUAGAAUCCCGUAUCCAAGAAGUUAUUGAGUUUAUUAAUGAUCAAUCAAACAUAGUUUGCAUGGCAGGGAUUUGGGGAAUGGGAGGAUCGGGUAAAACAACCACAGCAAAAGCCAUCUAUAAUCAAAUCCACCGCAAAUUUGAAGAUAGAAGCUUCGUUGAAAAUAUUAGAGAAGUCUGUGAAAAAGAUAAUGACGGGAUUAUUCGUUUACAAGAACAACUACUCUCAGAUGUCUUAAAGGUAAAGGUCAAGAAGAUACAUAGUAUAACAUCGGGGACUACUAAGAUAGAGAAAAGACUUGUGAGGAAAACGGUUCUCGUUGUACUAGAUGAUGUGAGUACAUUUGAGCAAAUAAAAGCCCUGUGUGGAAAUCGUAAAUGGUUUGGUUCCGGAAGUGUAUUAAUUGUUACAACCAGAGAUGUACACCUACUUAAAUUACUUAAAGUUGCACAUGUUUGUACAAUGAAGGAAAUGGGUGAAGAUGAUUCCCUUGAGCUUUUCUGUUGGCAUGCUUUUAGAGAACCAAGUCCGAGAAAAUACUUUGGUAUACUCUCUAGAAAUGUUGUUGCUUACUGUGGUGGAUUGCCACUUGCUCUUGAAAUCCUUGGGUCUUACUUAUAUGGAAGGACAAUAAGAGAAUGGGAAAGUGUAUUGUCAAAACUAGAGAGGAUUCCUAAUGACCAAGUACAAGAGAAGCUAAAAAUAAGCUAUGAUGGUUUAGAAGAUGAUAUGGAAAAGGAUAUAUUUCUUGACAUAUGUUGUUUCUUUAUCGGCAAGGACAGAGCCUAUGUUGCCAAGAUACUAAAUGGGUGUGGACUCUAUGCUGACAUUGGAAUAACAGUCCUUGUUGAGCGGAGCCUUGUAAAAGUUGAAAAGAAUAACAAGCUUGCAAUGCAUGAUUUGCUAAGAGACAUGGGAAGAGAAAUAGUUCGUCAAAGUUCAGCAAAAAGUUCAGGAAACCGUAGUCGAUUGUGGUUUCAUGACGAUGUACAUGAUGUUUUGACAAAAAAUACGGGAACGGAAACGGUGGAGGGAUUGGUUUUUAAGUUGCAAAGAACCGACAGAGUUUGGUUCAAUACUAAUUCAUUCAAGGAAAUGAAGAAACUGAGACUCUUACAACUUGAUUGUGUUGAUCUCAUUGGAGAUUACGGGUGUCUUUCCAAUCAACUGAGAUGGGUCAAAUGGCAAGGAUUUACUUCUUUCAACUAUAUACCCGAUGACUUUUAUCAGCAAAAUCUUGUUGCUAUAGACUUAAAACACAGCAAUAUUAGACAAGUUUGGAAUGAAAUGAUGUUGCUGGAGAAGCUUGAAAUUCUUAAUCUCAGUCAUUCUAAGUACUUGAAAAACAGCCCCGACUUUUCAAAGUUACCGAAUCUAGAAAAGCUCAUCAUGAAAGAUUGUCCAAACUUGUCUGACAUACACCCAUCUGUCGGAGAUCUCAAUAGACUUGUUCUGAUAAAUUUUAAGGAUUGUACAAGUCUUAACAAUCUCCCAACGAAGAUAUAUCAAUUGAAAUCGUUGAAAACUCUCAUUCUUUCUGGUUGUUCAAAGAUUGACAAUUUGGAAGAAGAUGUAGUGCAAAUGGAAUCUUUGACAACACUGAUCGCGAAAGAUACAGGUGUAAAAGAGGUGCCUUAUUCCAUAGUAAGAUCGAAAAACAUCGCUUAUAUAUCCCUAUGUGGAUUUGAAGGAUUAUCACGCGAUGUUUUUCCCUCUCUCAUUUGGUCUUGGAUGUCGCCAACAAUGAAUUCCUUACCCCGCAUUUCCCCAUUUGGAAACAAGGCUUUAUCUGUAGCUUCCGUCAAUGUACAGAAUAAUAAUGUGGGAUUUCUAUCACCAAUGGUUAGGAGCCUUUCACAACUCAGAACUGUUUGGAUACAAUGCCGCUCAAAGAUUCAACUAACUCAAGAAUUACAAAGAAUUCUUGAUGAUCAAUAUGAUGUAAACUUCACCAAAUUGGAAACAUCAAACAAAUCACAAAUCUCAAAUCUUUCCUCGAGAUCGCUUUUGAUUAGAAUGGGAAGUUGUCACAUAGACAAUGAUACUUUUGACAAGAGCAUAUCACAGGGAUUACCAGCCAAUGAUUCGAGUGACUUUUUCCUUCCUGGUGGCAAUUAUCAUUCUGGGUUGGCCUAUAAAGGUAAAGGACCUUCAGCACUAUUUGAAGUUCCUGUUCAUCAGAUGAAGGGAAUAAUCUUAUGUGUUGUUUAUUCAUCAAUAUCUGAAAACAUGGGAGUUGAAUGUCUUACUAGCUUCUUGAUCAUUAAUUACACAAAGUGCACCAUCAAGAUAUACAAGCGAGACACAGUAAUGUCCUUUAAUGAUGAAGAUUGGAAGGGUUUAACAUCAAAUAUGGUGCCCGGAGACGAGGUGGAGAUUUUUCUAGUUUUUGGACAUGGAUUGUUUGUUAAGGAGAUCGCGGUCUAUCUAGUUUACGAUCAGUCGAUUUCUGUGGAAGUUGAACAAUUAAUUAUUAUGGAAGUUGAGACAUCGACAACUAACUUGAAAAUGGAUCCAUUGGAGAAAGUGAACUUGCAGCCAUGGCCUAGAGUUGACGUGCAGCCAUCACCUAAUGUGAAAGCAGAUGCGGCAACGGAUGCUAAAACCAAUGUGUCUCUGGAAGUGAAGGUACAGUCAUCACAAAAGCUCAAUAAAAGUAUAUUUACAAGACUUCCAAAAAUAAUGAGGGCUUGUUUAUGCUUGAAAAAGCAUGGAGAUUAA